AUGACGUGCCGAAUCGAUAUCUUGGAUCCUGUUGAUAUUGCACUCGUUGACGACGAAUUGGUUGCUGUACUAUCCAAAGAUUCCGUUUCAUUCUACUCAACGACUGCCUCGUGUCUUCUUGAGAGCCACCGUGUCGACGAAGGAGUCAAUACAGUUUAUGCGGAGAAGAACAACGUAUACCUUGUGGGAAAAGAGCCAAUCGUCUACACUAUCGAUACAAACAAAUCCACUCUUCGUCAAACCAAUUCGUUGCCCGGAAUCACUAACUGGAAAUGCAACGACUUUCACAAAUUGGAGAAAGUUCUCCUUUUGCAUCCGAAAAAAAGUGGUGUGCUCACCAAGUCGAUACUCCUGUAUGACGUUAAAACAGAUUCAGUUGUUCGAGAGCUCAAGACCGAUGUGGUAUCUUCAUCAUCGAAGUUUCGUAAGGAAAGCUACGAAGUAAUGACAACUGGUAUGAAUGAUUGGUCGAUGUAUGACCUAAGAGGGUCUUCGAAAAAGGCCGUGUACUCGUUUUCACUCAAAGGAUCGACUGUGAAACAAGGCUACAAAACCAAUUUGUCCUAUUGCGAGACGGUUGACAAAGAUGUUCACCGAUUAUUUACGUGGAGUGGAGAAACGCAACCCUCCGAAAGGUGGUCUUUCGACGAAAAAAAAUGGUUCCUCGGAUUAAUUGAUGGAAACCGUGCGUCGGACGCGUUCGUGAUGCACGGAACUUUCAAAAAUUCGCAGCUUGUGCUCACUGACGUCAAAAAUGUAGCUGAUCACAAACCAACCUCAUUCUUCAAAUAUGGAGUGAAAUCACCAAACCAGACAAUGUUUGAUAUUUUGCCUGGAAAAGUGUUUGCCACAGGCUGCUCCACGGGAGUCAUGUUACAGUCUGCUGAAUUUGACGUUGCUAACUACAAAAAUCACUCAGAGAAACUGAGAGAAGCGUGUCGUAAAGCAAAAAGUCGUGUGACCGAAGACAAAGAGAUGAAAGAGCUGAAAAAAAUCAAUGAUCGAUAUGAAGCCGCCGGAAAGCGGGACGAAGACAUAAACGUCUACGAUAACGACGUGACAGAAGAAAAGUUCAUAAUUGGAAAGCUGUUGGGAACAGGAUCGUUCGGUAGUGUGUUCAAAUGUACAUCGAAAAAAAGCGACAAGGAGUUCGCUCUGAAGUACGUCAUGAAUCAAACCAGCAUACUUUCCAAAAAAUUUGAAAUUGAGCGGGAAGUUUUGAUACAACGAGAACUUCGUCACGAAAACAUAGUGAAGAUGUACGCCGCCUUCAGAUCGAAUAUCAAUAUCUGCUUUGUUCUCGAACUUAUGCAAGAAUCACUUUACGACGUUUUGAACGAAAAACGAGGACAUGUGAUGAAUGUGAAGGAUAUCGCCAGGAUGACUGAAUGCGUGGCGAACGCCCUGUCGUAUUGCCACCAAAGGUGCAUUAUCCAUCGUGAUCUCAAGCCCCAAAAUAUUUUACACAACUUAGAAGGAGUGUACAAAGUGACGGAUUUCGGAAGUGCUACCGACGAAAGGCACGGAACGUUUUGCGGAACGCAAGGAUACAUGGCACCAGAAGUGAUCACUCGUUCGAAACAGACCACAGCCCUCGAUUGUUAUUCGCUUGGAAUUGUCAUCCAUCAAUGUACUCAAGGGAAACUGCCAUUCCAGCUACCGACUGGACACGUAUCUGACUACAUGGUCUCGAAAUGCAAAUAUAAUCCACCGGUAACGAUGAACCUGAGUAUCCGCGCUCUGACACAAAUGCUCAUCAGAAAAAAUGCGGAAGAGAGAUGGACGGCUAAUCAAGUUCUCGGCAGUCAACUCAUCAGGGACUAUCGCCAUCAGACACAAGAUGAUGUCUACAAGCGGGAGCGUCAACUCAUCUAA